AUGGAGCGCCCAUCGCACUCGAUGUUCACCCUGCUCGAUGAUGGGUCGGCCUCGUUGCCCCCGUCGCAGGCGGUGUCCCGGCGGUCAAGCUUCGACGGUGCCGAGCAGCUGUCCCUGGAUAAGCAGAAGCGCCACCACGCCAUUGCCAGCAUGGCCCACGAAAUCGUCGACGGCAUCAUCAACGAUCUGACCGACACCCAGAAGAACAUUUCUCGCCAGGCCCUCCAGCACAUCCACAUGAAUGAGGUCCUCAUGACGUACGGCGCGUCGCCCACCUGCGAGGCGUUCUUCCUGGAGGCCGCCCGCAAGCGUACCUUCCAGGUCCUCAUCGCCGACAGCACCUUCAGUGCCGAGUCCCAGGAGACCGCCAAGCGCCUGUCCGAGAAGGACAUCAACACCACCCUCGUGUAUGAUACGUCCAUCUUUGCCCUGAUGGCCCGCGUCAACAAGGUUGUCAUCAGCGCCCAUGCUGUCCUGGCCAAUGGCGGGAUCAUCGCUCAGGCCGGCACGAACCUCCUCCUCCAGGCGGCCCACCACUACUCAACCCCGGUGGUGGUCCUGGCUGGGCUGUACAACCUUUCCCCCCUGUAUUCUUUCCACCCGCAAAUCCAGAACAUCCUGCUGAAUGCCUCGGAUGUGGCCAACUAUGAGGAUGACCUCCACCCGGAUGUGCAGAACCUCAACCCCCAGUUCGACUACGUUCCUCCCGAGAUGAUCAACCUCUUCGUGACCAACGAUGGUGAUCACUCCCCAUCCUACGUUUACCGCCUCCUCGCGGAGCAGUAUGACUUCCAGGACUACAGUCUCUGA